AUAAGUAUUAUGAAAAAUGCGAUGAAGCCUUUUCCAGAAAAGAUCUUUCUAAAGAAGCGUAUUGGACUGAAAUGGUCAAUAUUACUAUGAUUGUGAUGAAAAGCUUGCAUGAUCAAGUAAAUGCUUAUCUUGGAAUAAAGAAUAGCACAUCUUAUCUUAAGAUGGCAUAUGAAGAGGUAUUAUUUUCCAUCUGCUUCACUGGUAAGAAAAAAUAUUUCAGUAUAUCGCAUGAAGAUGUGGUUAAUUUUAGGGCAAAUGAUCUCUUUAUGAGAGAAAUUGAUACUGUGAAGCAAGGGAAUUCUGAGCUCUUCAGGUUUAUUGGAGAAAAGAUUAUGUGGGAGGUAAUGGGUAUCAAUAACACACGUUCAAUUCGUAAAAUUGUUAAAGACGCUCUCCGGAAUGCUAGAUUUAAGCAGUGGGAUUUUAAUCAGUUUAUUGCAAUAUUUAAAUAG